AUACUACUCUCAACCGGUCUGAAAGGGGAGGGAAGCCAAUUGCCUCUUAUCAGAUUCUGACAUGUCAUGUGUCACGGUCACAGUCCCUCCUUUUUCCUUCUUGGCCUGCCAUUAUUAUUAAUCACCCCCGUAAUGGGGUUCAAUGCUUCCCUAUCUGCAUCGUGCUUAAGCGCCGUAGGAGUAGGCGUAAGAGUAGCGUAGUAAGUUGAAGAGCAGCAUGGCAUGUUUUAUCUAUGUAGGUAAUAAUAUGUAGGUUGGUGCCCAGAUAGCCUACCUACAAAGGCAGGCAUCAUAUAUGCAAGCUUGGAAACAUGCAAUUUUUUUUCUUGCCAUGUCUUGUCUUUUUUUUUUUUUUUUUUUUGGUCUCCGCUUCCGCGACUUUUCGGGAAAUAGAUCAGUCAUGUACUGUAGAUAGAGUGAAUACAUGGUCGAUUAUGCGUAGGUAUGUGGAUGAUGUGCGUACUGUGCGUGUAUGUGCGUACCUAGGUAUGCACGAAGGAUUCCCACGCCGACAACCGAUGCAUAUGUAUCGGAUAUGGAAGUCACAUCGGUGUGGGUUUAUGGUCGAGCGAGCGAGCGAGCGAGCAACAAGCAGAACAGAAGGGAAGGGGAGGGGAUGGGUUGGGCUGGGUUGAUAAAAGCUCGCGGGGCAGGCAGGCAGGCAGGCAGAUGUCCGGGGUGGAUGAUGAGCUAGAACUAGCUUACCUAUAUUGUCUGUCUAUCAGCCUGCUUGCUUGCUUGCUGCUUUGUUGCUCGAUAUACGCUGCUGCGUCUCGCCACAUUGACGAUUAUUUCGGUUUCGAGGUUGUUAGCACAGCAUAUCGGUGUAAGCUGGAUUAUAAAUCCCAUCGGGUGUUUGCAUUAAUAUACAAAGACAGAAAAUGUAAGCAAGUCAGGUUAAUACUCGACGUACAUAGGGAUAUGUUCCUAAGCAGACGAGAAAGCCGUGCUUCCAACUAAUCAUUUUUCUUUUUUGCCUUUUCUUAUUCUUAUUCUUUUUCCAUAUUAUGUGUCAAGACUUUCAGAUAUAUGAACAAAAGGUUUGCGAUCAACGCGCGUACUAAUUAAUUUGGCGCUCUUGCGUGAGUAUGGUAGUCUCUGACGUGAUUACUGCUGAUGUAAUUCAUGCUCAUUAGGCUGAGAAUUUAGAGGGACUGUGGAAUUGCAUAUUCCGUCUUCAAGGAUAACUAGUUAUAUGUAUAUACGUAAGGUUAGGUAAGUACUAUCAGUACUAUUAGUAGUAUAUAUCACGGAUAGUUAUCACUCCUCUUGCUUGGUUAUUAAGGUGUAUGAAACAAAUCAAACAAGGAAACAAUAGAAACAUGACGACCC